AUGGGUUGCUGGGUUUUAAAUGAGAGUCUCUCUGUCAUAUUAGCACUCUUGUGGCUGGGAGUGAAUUUAUAUCUGUUUAUUGACACAUUCUGUUGGUAUGAAGAGGAAGAGUCUUUCCUUUACACACGAGUCAUCCUGGGUUCAACAUUGGCUUGGGCCCGAGCAUCUGCCCUGUGCCUGAAUUUUAACUGCAUGCUAAUCCUAUUACCUAUCAGUCGAAACCUUAUUUCAUUCAUGAGAGGAACAAGUAUGUGCUGCAGAGGACCAUGGAAAAGGCAAUUGGACAAAAACCUCAAAUUCCAUAAAUUGGUCGCCUACGGGAUAGCUGUUAAUGCAACCAUCCACGUUGUGGCGCAUUUGUUCAACCUGGAGCGCUACUGCUUGAGCCAGUCUGAGGAGGCUGAGGGACUUCUGGCUGCACUCUCCAAACUUGGCAGCACCCCAAAUGAGAGCUACCUCAAUCCUGUCCGGACCUCCCACACCAAUGCAGCCACCGCGUUGCUAACAACAAUAGCGGGUAUUACAGGCCUGGUGAUCUCUCUGGCUUUGGUCUUGAUCAUGACAUCUUCAACUGAGUUCAUCAAACAGGUCUCCUAUGAGUUGUUCUGGUACACACACCAUGUUUUCAUCAUCUUCUUUAUCAGUCUGGCUAUCCACGGAGCAGGUCAGAUCGUUCGAGGCCAAACCCCAGAGAGUCUCCUGCUACACAACGUCACCUUCUGCAGAGACCACUAUGCUGAAUGGCAGACAGCCGCCCACUGCCCCACGCCUCAAUUUUCUGGCAAGGAACCCUCGGCUUGGAAGUGGGUUUUAGGCCCCGUGGUCUUGUAUGCAUGUGAGAGAAUAAUUAGGUUCUGGCGAUUUCAACAAGAAGUUGUCAUUACCAAGGUGGUAAGCCAUCCCUCCGGAGUCCUAGAACUUCACAUGAAAAAGCGUGACUUCAAAAUGGCGCCUGGGCAGUACAUCUUCAUCCAGUGCCCGUCCAUCUCCUCGCUGCAAUGGCACCCCUUCACCCUGACCUCCGCACCGCAGGAGGAUUUUUUCAGUGUGCACAUCCGGGAAGCAGGAGACUGGACAGCAGCCUUAUUUAAGGCCUUCAGGGCGGAGGGACAGGCCCUCCGGGAGCCCUGGAGCCUACCAAGGCUGGCAGUGGAUGGGCCAUUUGGAGCUGCCCUGACAGAUGUGUUUCACUAUCCAGUGAGCAUGUGCAUCGCGGCAGGAAUCGGAGUCACUCCCUUCGCUGCACUUCUGAAAUCUAUAUGGUACCGAUGCUGUGAGUUGCAGACCGAGCUGAUGCUGAGCAAGGUGUAUUUCUACUGGAUUUGCCGAGACGCAAGGGCUUUCGAGUGGUUUGCUGAUCUCUUACUCUCGCUGGAAACACGGAUGAGUGAGCGAGGGAAAAUUCACUUGCUGAGUUAUCGUAUAUUUCUUACUGGCUGGGAUGAAAAUCAGGCUAUUCACAUAGCUUUACACUGGAAUGAAAAUACAGACGUGAUUACAGGCUUAAGGCAGAAAACCUUCUAUGGGAGACCUAACUGGAACAACGAGUUCAAGCAGAUCGCCUACGAUCAUCCCAGCAGCAGCAUCGGGGUGUUCUUCUGUGGACCGAAAGCUCUCUCAAAGACACUUCAAAGGAUGUGCCGCUUAUAUUCAUCAGUUGACCCCAGGGGUGUUCAUUUUUAUUACAACAAGGAAAGCUUCUAGACUUUGAAGGUUUUCAAUCAAGUUACUGACUCCAAAGAACUCUACCAGGAAUUCCUGCAGCUGCCUG